CGUAAAAUACCAACACCUUCUUCUUCAAAAAGAUCGUCGAAUGAAUCUGUAGUCUGCUCAAAACUCGGUAGCCUCAAUAUGGGCUUUGAUGAAGAUGAUAAUCCAUUUACUCAUCACCACAAAAACAAAUAUGAUAUCAACAGCAAAAUUAUGCUCAGUGCCAUAAUUUCACUAUCCAUAGUUGUUUUCCUCGUUACUAUUCUCCAUAUGUACAUUAGAUGUGUCAUUAGACGAUGUCGCCAAGCUGGACGCCGAGCUACGUUUAGCUCGGCGUCGAGCUUGGUUACUAGUACUGUGUCACAAGUUGAGCCACCAAAAAAUGGACUUGAUCCAUCUAUUAUAGCUUCACUCCCAAUAUUUGUUUACAAGCAAAGUGAUGACCAUAACAUGGAUGAGGCAAUUACUAAUCCAAUUGAGUGUUCAGUUUGUUUGAGUAUUCUUGAAAAUGGUGAAAUUGUUAGAAAUUUGCCUAAUUGCAAACACAUUUUUCAUGUGGAGUGUAUUGACAAAUGGUUUAAUUGUCAUUCUACAUGUCCUAUAUGUCGAGCUGAGGCGAAACCUCGGCUAUUGUCUGAGCCUAGGGAGGGUGUCGUUGGCCGUAUUCCGCCGUCAGCGCCGCCUUUGGACGAUGGAAAUUUGUCUAUGGUUGUGAAUCUUGAAGGGACUUCAUCAUCAGGUAAAACUACUAUUGGUGGUGGUGGAUCAAGCUCGAGAUUGAGCUCGUUUAGAAGGAUUCUUAGCAGGGAGAGAUCAUCUCGACGACUUCAAGUUGUAGAUCCUGAGAGCAAUGGCGGAUGCAGAAUUUAGACGUUGUUGGUUCUGAGUUGAGAUAAAACUUAGACGUUAUAGGGUUUGAGUUGAAAAAAUGAGUUUAAUGUAUAUAGUUCGACCUUGAAGCAUUGGAUACUGCUUGCGAGAGACAAUAAUAUUAUGCAUUAGGUAUGAUUACAAUUAUUAUUUUUUGGUUUAUAUUCACAACUAUUUUUAUGUUUAUAUACAUGAGACCAGUGGUGGAGCCACUCAUUAGCAAGGGAAGUUAAUUGACACUCUUUCGUCGAAAAAUUACACUACAUAGAUAGGUUAAAUAUUUUAUUUUUAUGCAUAUAUACUAUGUGACUCCCCUUGA